UGUGUAGAAAAUGGGAAGUGAUGGAGAAGAAACUAAAGUGAAACUAAAGUGAAAACAGAUGCAGACGCAGAGUUUGUCGAUGUUGUGGUGUGUUCACGGUUCACCGUGAGUCACGGUAUCAUCACCAUGACUGUGCUGCGUUCAAACUCCCUGCUGCUGCUGGUUCUCCUGUGGUUCCUUGUUUUGACAGAUCAUGUGACUAAAGCAGCAGCAAAGACACCGAGGACACAACAGGGCAAAGGUCCCGAGGACACGGAGCUCCGGCUCCAGAGAUCCAGGAAACCCUCCGCUCCGUGCUUCUCUGCCUCCGGGCCUGAGCCUGGAGACCCCGCAGACGCCUUCAAAGUCCUCACUCUGGACGGGGAGUUCUCCUACGAGCCCGGGGCCGCGCGUGGCUCCUCCACGAUCAUCCACGCGUUCACCAACAAGUCCGCGUUCCUGGAGUGUCUGUGGAGCUCAGAGGAGUCCGUGGAUUCUCUGUUUCAGGAUCUGCCGGACAGCGCUCAGCUGCUGCUGCUGUCGAUGGACGAGUCUGCGGUCACUGAUGCUCUGUGGAUGCGCGAGCAGCUGCACCGAGCCGCCGCCAAGCACAGCAGUAAGAAGGAGGUUCUGUCCAGGAUUCACAUCUCUCCAGUGCCGGUCUUUUCUCUGGGGAACUGGAUCCCGUAUGUCCUCUACACCUGGGGACGCAAACAUGGACUCUCACAGGCCGUCUUCACCUCGGACGGAUGGAAAAUGCCGGCGAUCAUCAAGCGACUGGACGCCAGGUACGACUGGCUCAAGGGACGCUGGGGUCAGGAGACGUUUAAUUUGACCGACGCAGGAAAUGGAUGUGAGCCUUCGCCGUCCGUGGCCGGUGCUGUGGCCUGGGUGUCUGAGGGCAACUGCUCCUUCUUCACUAAGGUGCAGAACAUGUUUAAAUCCAACGCCUCCGGCGUCCUGGUCCAUGCUCUGCCUGGAAACCCGAUCCAGGACAUGAACUGUGUUAAGGAUGAAUGUAAUUCUUCGCUGGACAUCCCAGCUGCCAUGGUGCACCUGGAGCCGGCGGUGGCUCAGGCGCUGAGGUUUGGACAGAAGGUGAAUGUGUCCUUCCAGACGACUCCGUGUCCAAACUUCUUCAUCAGCAUUGACCAGCAGGGGGCGCUGGCUGAGAUGGGCGGCUUUCUUUACCCCUCGUUCAGCUUCGUCAGCUGGCAGGCGCAGUGGUUUGAUUUCUACACAGAACUUCAGACCAAACUUCACCGUCCUGCUGACGUUCUGUCUGUGUUUGACAGAGCGCUGAUGCAUGGACACGCAGGAGCUGUGGCUACAGUCAGGCUGCCCUCAGGCUGGUUGGACGUGGACACUCUGGAGCUGGACGUGUCUCUGUCGUGUCCCAGCAGGAGAGACGUGUCCUGUGCUCACUGGGAUCACACGGUGCAGCUGUUUGUCUGCUGCGAUCGUCUCGGCCCGUACUGUAACGCAGAACUAGGCCGGUGGAUCACGGCCUUCCGCAGAGGCACCGGACACUGGCUCACAGACGUGUCUCCACUGCUCCCCCUGCUGGACAGCAACAAAUGCACGUUCACCAUGAAGACGCCGCCGUGGGCGAUGCCUUGGAUGGUUUCCCUCAACCUGAGGUUCAGUGUCAGCAAUGAGACGGGUACCCGUGUGGAUAAGCUCCGCCCCUUCAGGGUGAUGUCACUGUACAGCGGGGGAACCUUUGACAAAAACUACAACAACAGGUUCCAGCCAAUCAAGUUCACUGUCCCAGCCUCGACAAGGAAGGUGGAAUUGUUCGCCGUCAUCACAGGUCACGGCUACGAUGAAAACCACUGCUGUGAAUUCUGCGUCACCUCCCACCAUUUUAUCAUCAACGCCACGUUCAACAACUCUCUGAUAUUUGACUCUGCAGUAUCACCGCUGGGCUGUACCACGCAAGUGAUGGAGGGGGCGGUGCCAAACGAAUAUGGCACGUGGCUGUAUGGGCGAGGAGGCUGGUGUGACGGUCUACAGGUUGCCCCCUGGAGGACGGAUGUCACUAAACAGUUGGACUUGAGUGGAUCUGAAUCCAACACUGUGUUUUACUUCGGUUUGUUCGAGGGACGAAAUCCUGAUCCGUCUCAAGAGCCCGGAUACAUCAUCAUGUCUUCUUUCUUUGUCUUCUACAAGUGACGUAAAAACAAACUCUGAAUGUUGACGUUCAUGAGUGAAUGAGAGGCUGAAUGUUCUGUCAAAUCUGGGAUUAAAUGUCUAUUUUCCUACA